GAAAUACCAACCCGAGCUCGGUGGAGGAGCCCAGCUGCCUCCCAAGCGACGCUUUAAAAGAAGAAGAAGAAUAAGGACGGCGCUUAGACAUUUACCCAAACCGAGGUGAAAAUGGACUAUGAUUUUAAAGUGAAGCUAACUGGAGAACGAGAGCGUGUCGAGGACCUGUUUGAGUACGAAGGAUGCAAAGUGGGAAGAGGCACUUACGGUCAUGUGUAUAAGGCGAAGAGAAAAGAUGGGAAGGAUGAUAAGGACUACGCCCUCAAGCAGAUUGAAGGCACUGGCAUCUCCAUGUCAGCCUGCCGAGAGAUUGCACUGUUGCGGGAGCUGAAACAUCCCAACGUCAUCUCGCUGCAGAAGGUUUUUCUGUCGCACGCCGACCGUAAAGUGUGGCUGCUCUUCGAUUACGCGGAACAUGAUCUUUGGCACAUUAUUAAGUUUCACAGAGCGUCCAAAGCCAACAAGAAGCCUCUUCAGCUACCCAGAGGAAUGGUCAAGUCUUUGCUCUACCAGAUUCUGGAUGGCAUCCAUUACCUCCACGCCAACUGGGUCCUCCACAGGGACCUGAAACCAGCAAACAUUUUAGUGAUGGGAGAAGGUCCCGAAAGGGGUAGAGUGAAGAUCGCGGAUAUGGGGUUUGCUCGUCUCUUCAAUUCACCACUGAAGCCUUUAGCUGAUCUCGACCCCGUCGUGGUCACGUUCUGGUACAGAGCACCUGAGCUGCUGCUGGGGGCUCGGCACUACACCAAAGCCAUCGACAUCUGGGCGAUUGGCUGUAUUUUUGCAGAGCUGCUAACGUCUGAGCCCAUAUUCCAUUGUCGUCAGGAGGACAUCAAGACCAGCAACCCAUACCACCACGACCAGCUGGACCGAAUCUUUAAUGUUAUGGGCUUCCCUGCUGAUAAAGACUGGGAAGACAUCAAAAAGAUGCCAGAGCACUCCACACUGAUGAAAGAUUUCAGAAGGAACACAUACACAAACUGCAGCCUUAUAAAGUACAUGGAAAAACAUAAAGUUAAACCAGACAGUAAAGCAUUCCACUUGCUGCAAAAACUAUUGACCAUGGACCCCAUCCGUAGAAUCACAUCGGAGCAGGCAAUGCAGGACCCGUACUUUUUAGAAGAGCCUCUUCCCACGUCUGAUGUGUUUGCAGGUUGUCAGAUUCCCUACCCCAAGAGAGAGUUCUUGACAGAGGAGGAGCCAGAGGACAAAGGAGACAAAAAGAACCAGCAGCAGCAACAGGGAAACAACCACACAAACGGGGCGGGGCACACUGGCAACCCAGAAAAUAGCCACACCCAGGGCCCACCUGCAAAGAAGGUGCGGGUUGUCCCUCCCACCACUACCUCAGGUGGCCUCAUUAUGACUUCAGACUACCAGCGCUCUAAUCCACAUGCUGCCUACCAGAAUCCUGGACCAAGCACAUCACUGCCCCAAAGCAGCAUGGGAUACUCCUCUACCUCCCAACAACCACCCCAGUACUCCCACCAGUCCCACCGCUACUGAAACACCCCUCCCACAAAUAAACACACACAUUUCUAAUCUGAACACACACUCACACAGCCAUUUCUGUGACCGCCUGAACGAAUGUACUGAAGGAUGUGGGGAUGGUGCAACACCCCACACCCUACCUUCUGAAGGCACUCUGCUGUGAUCUGGUAGUUCAGAGAGACAAAACAACUCCACCAGUGUCAGACAACACAAUCCCAGUACAGCGUAAAGCAAAUCCUCAUGGGUGAAAGGCAGAUCAAGAGGAUAAAAAUAAAAUAUUCCAUUAAUCAGGCAAAAUACAGACGAGCCAUCUCCUUUCCUCUGCUUCAGUUCCCCUCGUCCCGUCAAAACUUGGAUGAGACGAAAGCUGCUACGUGACUGCCCACGUUAACAGAUUCUCAGUCCUCCUAUUUGUUUUGUUUUUUUGUGUGUAAGGGGCCUCCGCUGAGGACUGAACUGCGGCAAAGCAGGCUGGGAGAUUUUUGAUCUCUCACAGCUGUGGGAUGGAGGCUUUUUUUGUUCAGAAAGGACAGAGUAAGGAUUUUAGUAGUUUCUAAUUUAAUCUAUUGUCAUGAUUUUGUUUUCAUGACAAGCGUAACACAGCAGAGUGUGUGAGUUGCUGUGUACUGUGAGUAAGCCUUACAACAUGACGACAAAACCAACUAAUCGUAUGGAGGAUGGCAGAUGGAACAUGCAUUGUACUGUAUUGCAUUUAAAUAUUUUACAUGAAACAAGUAUCCUGACAAUAAAAGUGGAAACAUCAA